CUGAAGAUAACAAAGGUUACAGCCAGCGACACAGACGUCCUGAACACUCCGUUCCCAGACCUCAGAGCAUGAGGUUGCCCUGAGCUGUCACUGUGGAUCCUGGCCAUGAGGCAGGGCAGGGCUGCAGAUGACAGGGACACCCAGAAGAUGCUGGGAGAGAGAAGUGGUCCCUGUGUGGUAUCCACAGCAGCAUUCUGCAAUGGAUACAUGGAUCACCAUGUCUGACUCGCCAGCCUUUGGCCUUGGGUCUGGCAGUGAGGCAGAGGAUGGGCAAACAGAGAGCAAGGCAGGAGCAUGUGAAGGCUCUGAGGGGAUACGGCUGCCUGGAGGGAAGCCCUGGGCAAUGGCAAGCCAGGUCAGUUUUGAGGAAGAGAGCCAGAAGCAACCUGCUGUGGGGCACUGGAAGCCACUAAUGCCAUCCAAAGGCAGCAAGGAGGAGCUGGAGACGGGAUGCCAGGAUGCUGGAGGUGUGGGUGAGACCCAGUCCACCGAGCAGCUCAAUGUGUCGCGCCUGCGCAGCUCUUCGGUGGAGAUCCGUGAAAAGGGGUCUGAGUUCCUGAAGGAUGAGCUGCACAAAGCACAGAAGGAGCUGAAGCUGAAGGACAAAGAAUGUGAGAGAUUGUCAAAAGUCAGGGAACAACUGGAGCAGGAACUGGAGGAGUUAACAGCCAGCCUAUUUGAGGAAGCCCACAAGAUGGUGAGAGAAGCCAACACUAAACAGGCUGCAGCAGAGAAACAGCUGAGAGAGGCCCGGGGCAAGAUCGACAUGCUGCAGGCAGAGGUGACAGCUCUGAAGACGCUGGUGAUCACGUCCACACCUUCCUCCCCCAACCGGGAGCUGCACCCUCAGCUCCAGAGCCCUUCCAAAGCCGGCUUCAGGAAGGGCCAUGGGCGAAACAAAAGCACCAGCAGUGCCAUGGUCUCAGCUGCCAGACAGAAUGUGGCUCCAGAGCCAGUCAGUCGGGAGUGCAGAGAGUCUGGGUUCCCUGCUCUCCUCUCCUUGCUCCUUUGCAUCCUCCCUGGGAAGGCCAUCCACAUCACCUAUGAGCCAGGCUGGCAGGCCUUGGGAGCAGAUGCUUCCUCCUCCUCCUCCUCCUCACGGCAGGUCGACUCCAUCUUAUUUGCCGAGUUCCAGGCCUGGAAGGAAUCUCCAACUUUGGAUAAAUCCUGCUCCUUCCUGGACAGGAUUUAUCGAGAAGAUGUAGGACCUUGUCUGGACUUCACUAAGCAGGAGCUGUCGGAGCUGGUGCGAGUGGCUGUGGAGCAGAACACCCUCACCAUCGAGCCAGUGGCUUCCCAGACACUCCCUGUGGUGAAGGUGGCAGCAGAAGAGUGUGGUGGGCCGAAUGGGUUCCGGUCACAAAUUGUAACGAAAUGUGCUCUAAGUGGCCUCCCCAGGACCUGCAAGCACCGGAUCAUGCUGGGGGAUUCUGGGAAUUACUACUACAUUUCACCUUCCUGCAGGGCCAGGAUCACAGCAGUCUGCAACUUCUUCACGUAUAUCCGCUAUAUCCAGCAGGGCUUGGUGAGGCAGGAUGUGGAGCUGAUGUACUGGGAGGUCAUGCGGCUCCGGAGGGAGAUGUCCCUGGCCAAACUUGGAUUUUAUCCCAGUGAGAUGUAAGCAGAGGCCUGAGCGUGGAAGGAAACUGCUCCAGUAUGAAGGGCUUUGUGAGUGCAGUGCCUGCCCUGCAAUGGGCCUUUCUCCUUCCCCACCCUCUCUCUGCCUGAAGCUGACCAAGAAGCACAACUUCCACCUUCAGCUGUCCAACUGCUCCAACUGUGACUGGAAUGCAGCUUCCACGCUGUCCCCUCGGAGCUGGGCUGGCCCUGGCUGCUCUGGGGUGGCCAUUGAUAGACUUUGGAGUCUCCUAUAUGCAGUGUAUAUCCAUUUUUUUAAAACUUUUGUUUUUAUAUGCAGUCUUCUUUGGCAUUUUCUGAGGAGGGCAGGAAUUCUGGACCUUCCCUGUAAGCCAGUCUGUCAGGACAGAUGCUGGCUGUCUGUCCCUGUGCCCCACUCAUUCUUUGGGGGUACUCUGAGGUCCUGCUGACCAUACUCCCAUAGCAGCCCAGAAAAUGCCAGCAGAGCACAAUAAUCUUAUGGAGAGCCAUGAACAGUUUGUUUCCAAGUACUUCCUUGUUCCUUUUAAAGGAGCCUGCAAGAGAAGCUUUCUGCCAACGGAGUCACAAAGAAGGAAUUGUUCCUCUUUUUAGCUUGCUGUUUGACUCUGGGUUAUCCAGGCUGGGGAAUAGCUGGAGCUGUGCACCUGGGGCCUUCAGCAGAAGAGAGGGAGCAGGAAAAUUCCCUAAAUCCCAGCUGGCUGCAGUCGGUGCAGGAUGUUCUCUCCUGGACUAGGAAAUCUGCUGCAGUUGUCACAGGCAGACCCUGUGACAGUCCUUGGUGUAGGAGUCUCCCUUGGUGCUCUUAAACACAAACCUCACCUACAAACAUGCCCUGGAGCUGUUCCUGAUCCUGAGGGAGCUUUGGGCAGUCCUGUUUGCAUCGUUUAGGUAGAAUCCAUUUGCCCAGGUUGGGUUCUUCAUGUCCCAGAAGGAGCAUGCCCAGGCUGGGCAGUCCUCAAGCCCAGAGAUUUCCUCCCUGGUAUUACAUUAGACCUAGAGAUGCCCAUUCCAGUGGGAAUCCCAGCUUCUCCUGGGCUGCCAUCCCCAGUGAGGGAAUUGAGACAUCUUUGUGUGCACAUGAGGGGUGUGGCUGUGGUUCCUGUAUCCUCCAAAUUGUGCUGGGAGAGAGGGAUGUCACUAAAGCUGUUGGAACACACAGGUCUGCCACAGACCCAGGUUUGGUAAAGCCAUGACAGUGAUUUGUGGCCAAUUUAGCCUUUUUUUCAGUGUCUGUGGAGCAGCCACCACCCACCCCGGGGUUUCCAUCUCUGACUGGCACAUCGCCCUGCCCAGCACCAGAUCACCAUCCUCAGCUCCAGAACUUUCAGCCUCUCCUGAGGGAUGCUACAGUAAGAACUCAGUUUUCUUCCACAAAGACACAAACUGAGCUGCUGUGGUUUUGCCCAGAGGAGGGAGGAAUAGACAGGGAAGGCAAAAGCUUUGGUUUCCCCAGCUGCAGAUUUCAGCUCAGGUAAAUUCCAUCCCUGGAAUUUCUCCUUUUGUCUGCUCCCCCUGACCUUUUGAUCUCUCCAUGUCUUCCUGUGCCAUUGGCUGCUACAUUGCACAACAUGUGGCUGCGUUGCAGCGCUGGGAAUGAGGUGAUCUCUCGAGGUAGGAGAUGUUUUGGUUUGUGGGAUUUUUUUCUUCCCCUCGGUGUCACAUUGUAAAGCACUUUUGAGACGAAAGGAAUCACAGAAAUGCCAUGUGUGAAGUUGUCUUACAUUUGAAAUGAAGCAGAGAGAACAAUUUGUAAAGGAAAAUGAAGUCACUCCAUUAACAGCGGGAUGGUUGCACCCUGCUCUUUAAUAAUGGAAAAUAAACAUUUGCUAUUAACCUCUAAAA